AUGUCUGAUGAUUUAUCCGACACCUCAUCUUCAUACGACGGCCACGGACCGAGCUUUUCGUCCUGUCCGGCCAUCUUCGUGCUGCCUACUCACCUCAGUCUGGAAUCACUGCAUCAAAUAGAAGAGAGUCUCGUCAGUCGAGACGCAAGCCUGACAUAUGAUGCUUCCGAGGCGAGAUUGAUUCUCGGCAAAAUCGGACAGAAGAAACGGGCCUCUCUGGAGCUACGAUCCCGCGGUGUAUGGACAGAGGACCUUGAUCUUUCUACGUCCAGGCCCCCAGCGAAGAAAGCGGGCAUCCAUGAACCCACUCCGCGACCUGUGGAAAUCGUCGCAGAGGUGGACGUAGUUGAUCUCAGUACGGAGACGGAGAGUGAAGAAGACGGCGUGCGAAGCAAACAUGGCACCGACAAACAUUUAAAGCGACCAAGGCCAAGAUCCGUAUCAACCGAUCGAUCAUCGGUCACUUCGGCCCAGCCGAGCUCGGACAAGCAGGCAGAUAUACUCCGUGUUGUCCGCCUAGAAUGGCUAGACCGAUGCCUGGAGUCAAAAGAGCUUGUACCCCUCGAUCCGUUUGUGAUAUACCAAGCUCGCAAGGUCGAGCGCCCUGCCAGUAGACCCAGUGGCACAGAGGCAGAAGGCUCCCAAGCAAACGAUAUACUACAAAGGGCAAAGCAAGACACGCUAUUAAAGCCGGCCCCAGCACAAUCUAGCCAGUUUUCUCGCCGAUCCCACGAAGCACCAUCCAGCCAACAUCGCCCACCAAAGCUAUACCGACAGACUACAUCCGAAAACGAAGAAACAGCCCCCUUACCACCAGCCCCAGACUGGGUCAAGAGUCAUACCCUAUACGCUUGCAUGCGCUCCGCGCCUCACCACCCACCCAACGAAAGAUUCAUCAACCAACUAGUCAAGAUCCGUACAGUCCGAGAGUUGACACUCGACGAAAUUGGCGUGCGAGCUUACAGCACUUCCAUCGCAUCAAUAGCCGCGUACCCGUACGAAUUCCGCCGUCCAUCCGAGAUCCUCACCCUACCGGGCUGUGACGCCAAGAUCGCCAACCUCUUCGCCGAAUACCAGCAGAGCGAAGAUGGCACCGUCGAAGCCGCGACGGCACUAGACACAGACCCGGUCCUCCGAGUCCUACACGAAUUCUACAAUAUCUGGGGCGUGGGCGCCAAAACAGCCCGCGACUUCUACUACCACCGCCAAUGGCGAGAUCUAGACGACGUAGUCGAAUACGGCUGGAACAGCCUCUCCCGCGUGCAGCAGAUCGGCGUGAAAUACUACGACGAGUUCCUGCAGGGUAUCCCCCGCCAUGAGGUCGAGGAUAUCGCCAAGAUUAUCCAUCGACAUGCUAACCUCGUCCGUCCCGAUGCCCGGUACGACGGCCGUGGGGUGGAAUGUAUUGUGGUGGGUGGGUAUCGACGGGGAAAGGAGGUCAGCGGUGAUGUAGAUCUCAUCCUGUCUCACCGGGACGAGUCUGCAACGAAGAACCUGGUCGUUGAUAUCGUCGGGAGCCUCGAGUCAGAAGGCUGGAUCACCCAUACCCUAACCUUGCACAUGACCACGUCCAACCGAGAUCAGCAGACACUACCCUACAAGGGAGACGACACAGGGAAACAUUUCGACAGUCUCGACAAAGCUCUCGUCGUAUGGCAAGACCCGAACUUCGAGGACGACACACACCCCACCCCGUCGUCUGAAGCAGAUGCCGAAGAGCAAUCUCGCCAGAAACGGAAACGUAACCCUAAUCCCCACCGUCGUGUGGAUAUCAUCAUAUCCCCCUGGCGCACCAUCGGAUGUGCUAUCCUCGGCUGGUCGGGCGAUACUACCUUCGAACGGGACCUGCGCCGUGCUCUCGAGGAGCACAAUCACUAUACCCCGUCUCUCCCCCCUGGUGCGCUUUUACAGAGGGCUUCAGGGGAGAUGGUGCGCAGUUUAUCAGAUAAUACAAUAAUGCCUCCUCCUUCCACACCAUCUUCGCAAAAAUCGCGAUCCAGCAGUGUGCAUAGAUUUAGUGAUGCACAAUAUCGCGGCGUCCACCUUCGGCGUGCAAAGAUCUUCAUGGGCGGCGAAAUCCCCGCAAGUAUCCGUUAUUAUGUCGAUACAAGUGUUUUUUAUAAUUUAACCAGCUCUGACAAUGAUCAUCUUCACCAAGUUUCGGAAAAGUUCUGGAGGAAGUCCAUGGAACUUGAGAGCAGACCACACGGUGAAGCUGAAUGGACAGCAGCUUUGUACACAGCCAUCAACGAUUUAAAAUCUAUUGGAUUUGUGGCUGUUCGUAACCGUGAUUGGCAAACAGAUUUAAAACCUCCAGUAGACAACCCUCGGCCUAUUAUUCUACGAAAACGAAGCCAGGUACAUCAGAACCUGCAGGAGCAUGCCGCUCCCCACAGCCUUUACCCUCCCCCGGAUGCCUCACGUGCAAUCGAGCCAGCUAUUCCUGUGUUCAGGCUGAAGGAUCCCCGACCGGAUAUAAGCGUCGGCCUAUCGGACGGUAUCUUAGCAGAUUCCCUUGAGCUUGCGAAGGGCCGUGAUAUCGCACAAAUACUCUUGCUUGAUAUGCAAGAUAUCUCUAUGUUAAUUAGUGACCCGCAUGUUAUCUGUUCGGGUCUUCGUUUCCCCUUUCUGAUAGUCGAGACAAAGGCCGGUGCAACCGGAGGGAACCUCUACCAAGCCCAGAACCAAGCUGCAGUAGGUGGCUCAACAGCUCUUCUGAUACUUAAACGCCUUUCAGAUCUUCGGGAUCUGAAUAGAGAAAAUCAAGAUUGCGUUGUUGAAGCGAGUAAUCAGUCCGAUCAAGCUACCCCGGAUAUCAAGUUAAACAUGGCCUUUUCUAUUACUACUGAAGGGCCAAUUCAUGAGCUAUGGCUUCAUUUUCGAAAUCCUAACGAAGAAUUCCAGAUGCUGUGUUGA